AUGGACGAUGAAACGACAAUAAUUAAUGCUGCUUGUGGUCUGAUAGCUAUCGAACGAUUGUCAGUGAUUGAAGGCACAUUCUUUCUAUUCGGUAUCACGGCCGGAUGUACUGUCUUCAUGAUUCCAGAUGGCAUGAUACCGUCAUCGGACUUCACUGCGCAAUUACGACGAAUCGAUGCCAGGAAAACAAAGGAAUGCUACGGUGCAGUACCGCAUACUAUCACUUAUAACGGGGAUUUUGUUGAAUUAGCGAUAUAUCUUAUGCAACAGAAAAUAUUAUUUGUUGUUGAUUGUGAAUGGCAUUUCAAUGGUUUCAUUAUUCUCCUUUUUAUUGUUGCAUACUUAUUUGCUUUAUUAUCAUUCAAUACACUUUUCUGGCUUAGCUGUUCAGAACGAGCAUCUCGUAAGGAUCCAUUCGUUUGA